CUGCCGCUGCACAGAGCAACAACGCAAGCUGGUGUAUUGUACGCUAGGAUAACGCUUGCGUCCAAUAAAAAAAAAUAAAAAAAAAACAUUCGAAGCUCACAUUACACAUAUGCUUUAAUACCGAGACGUGUUGGAACACAUUUCAAGCGGACGGAGAGGAAGUAUUGCUAAAAGAGCAGAAAAUCUGCCUUCAUUCAUUGAAAUCUCCUGCUUGAGUCGGACACGCUCAUGGCGGCGACAGUGGAGGAGCUCUACCGUAACUAUGGCAUUCUCGCCGAUGCCAAAGAGGAUCUCAGUAAGCACAAAGAUGCCUACCAGAUAAUUCUGGAUGGUGUUAAAGGAGGCCCUAAAGAGAAGAGACUGGCCGCACAGUUCAUUCCAAAAUUUUUCAGCAGUUUUCCAGAACUUUCUGAUUCAGCCAUCAAUGCACAGCUUGAUCUGUGUGAAGAUGAGGAUGUGUCUAUCCGGAGGCAGGCUAUCAAAGAGCUCCCUCGUUUCGCAUCAGGAGAGAAUUUACCAAGAGUCGCCGACAUCCUCACACAACUCUUGCAGACAGAUGAUUCUGCUGAAUUCAAUCAAGUCAACACGGCAUUGGUCUCCAUUUUCAAACUUGAUGCAAAAGGAACUCUGGGAGGCUUGUUCAGUCAAAUCCUACAAGGAGAAGAUAUUGUUCGAGAAAGGGCGAUCAAGUUUCUCUCUACCAAGUUGAAAACGAUGCCAGAUGACACCAUGACAAAGGAGGUGGAGGAUUACAUUUUCACAGAGACUAAAAAGGUCCUGGAGGAUGUGACGGGGGAGGAGUUUGUUCUUCUGAUGCGUAUCCUGUCAGGGCUGAAGAUCAUGCAGACUGUGAGCGGGAGACAGCAGCUGGUGGAGCUGGUGGUGGAACAAGCCUUCCUGGAGCAGGCUCUCAACCCAGCAGAAGCUGACAGCGUUGACCGGCUGUUGCAGUGCACACGCCAGGCAUUACCACUCUUUUCUAAAAAUGUGCAUUCUACUCGCUUUGUGACAUACUUCUGUGAAUACGUUCUGCCCAAUCUCAGUCUGCUUACCAGUCCUGUAGCAGAACUGGACAUCCAGCUCGAGGUACUUAAAUUAAUGGCAGAGAUGAGUCCGUUUUGUGGGGACAUGGAUAAACUGGAGGUCAACCUCAAGAUGCUGUUUGAGAAGCUACUGGAGUUCAUGCCACUGCCUCCAGAGGAUGAGAAUGGAGAGAAUGCAGCAAAUGAAGAGCCCAAACUGCAGUUCAGCUACGUGGAGUGCCUGCUGUUCAGCUUCCACCAACUGGGCAAAAAAUUACCUGACUUCCUCAUCGACAAAAUCAGCGGAGAGAAGCUAAAGGACUUCAAGAUAAGGCUACAAUACUUUGCGAGAGGACUGCAAGUAUAUAUUCGUCAACUGCGUGUUGCUUUGCAAGGCAAGACAGGGGAUGCACUGAAAACAGAGGAGAAUAAAAUAAAAGUUGUUGCAUUGAAGAUCACCAACAACAUAAACGUUUUAAUAAAGGAUCUGUUUCAUAACCCUCCAUCCUAUAAAAGCACAGUCACUCUGUCCUGGAAACCUGUGCAGAAGGUCGAGGCGGCAGCAGCAGUUGGCCAGAAGAGGCUGUCUGGAGAGGACAUUGGGGCAACAGCAGCAGCAAAGAAGCUUCCCACAAAUUUACCCAGGAGGGAUGCUCGUCAGAUCUACAAUCCACCUAGCGGGAAGUACAGCGCCAGCAUUGGGAACUUCUCAUAUGAACAACGAGGAGGAUUCAGGGGUGGCCGGGGGCGGGGCUUCGGAGGAAGAGGAAACCGAAGCCGAGGCCGAAUUUAUUAAGAGGACUUCAUAUACUUCUACACCCAUGCAACUGCAUAAAUACAUCUCUGCCACCUUUUUUCCUCUGUGAUCCCUCCUGCUUCUCACAGACUUCAUCCAUUAUUUUUCUAUACACAUUGUUCCUUAUUGAGUGUGUAUUGAAUAUCUUUAACAUAGUUCCAUGUCAUUGGGUUUUUGGUUUUGUCUUUGAUCAUCUUUGUGUAACAAAAGACUGCCAAGGUGUAUUUUUUUAAAAUGUUUUUGUAUGGUCACAUCCUUCGUAUGUUGUUUCUUUUUUUUUAACCUUUUAAUUUUUCAGAGAUUUUGGUCAAUCAAAAAUAAUCACGAAUUUGUGAGAUGUUAAAAUAUCUUGUGAAUUUUAACUUGUGUGGGUCAAAUCUUUUGCUGUUUUUUUUUUUUUAGGACAUAUUUAUGUUUGUUUGACACUUAUGACACUUAUGCCCUGACAUUUGUUGUUAACUUGAUUCAAAUAAGUUAAUAUAUAUAUAUAAAAAAAAAAAAUCAGAUAUUCCAGGAACAUUGUCCUUUUAGAGUAGAAAUGCCUUGUCUCUUCAUUAAGUUCCAAAAAAAAAUAUUUUUCUGGUAUAGCGUGCAUAAAUUUGAGUAUUCAGUUUCAAUUUCAAACAUUUUGCAUGCAUAGUAAUAUGAGAUAUUUAAAUGUUUUGGAUUUAAGGACGUUUAUGUAAUGCACAAGUUUUUCAUUUCAGAGAUGUUUUCAACAACAUUAAAAUCUUUUUGCCUU